CCGGGCCGCCGUAGCGGAUCCGCCUCCUAGUUUCGUUGUGUACAGCCUAUGUGUACAGCAGUGACAGAUCGCAAGUGUUGGAUCUGCGUAGCAGCACGUCGCAGCUGAGUUAUUGGCUACACCGAAACAAUGCGGAUCUGACCAUGGUCAGAAUAAUAACCUGACUCACAGGCCACUGAACGGGGGUGAAACACGUCUCCUGGCUGCAAUGGACGCUGGCGACCAUAAGGCUGUGCAGCUGUCGGCCGAGGUGGAGCCCUUCGUUCCAGAUAAGAGGGGCCUGGACCCCAGCCUGGUGGCCAUGGGACUGUCUGGUGAGGUGGGCGGGGCUGCCCCUGAGGGCCCGCCCAUUCCCAGCUAUCUCAUCACCUGCUACCCUUUUGUCCAGGAGAACCAGCCCAGCAGGCCCCUCCCCCUGUAUGGUGGCGACAGCAGGUGGGUCCAGCCCAGCCCCAGCCACAGCAACCCCUACAUGGCCUACCACCUCCUGUCCCCGGGCCAGACCACAGUGCCCAGCGACUAUGCUUACUACCACCUGGUGCCUGCAUCCUGCCCCCCCCUGCUGGGCUUCUACCCGUCUUUCCCCUCUGGCUAUGGCGCCGCCCCGGUGGCAGCACAUAGUGCUGUCAUUACGGACUGUGGCGACCUCCCCUUGGCGCUGGGGCAGGCCGUCCCCGCAGCCAAUCAGAGGGCAAAGGCCAUCUCCCGGGCGACCGCACUACCCAAGCAGCAGCCGAUGUACCAGCCCCAGAGAGGCAGGAGAGCUCCGAGUCGAAGCGUGGUGGCCCAGAAGGAGGUGCCGACCUUCAGCCCAGACGGUCGGCCCAAAGCCAUCAUGCUGGUGGACGCUGCUCAGCAAACCGAUUUACCAGGGGCGGUGGAUGGGGCCAGUGCGUCGCCGUGGAAGAGCCGGGCACGGCGGAGGCGGGUGGGGCACCUGGGGUUCGAGCCGUCUGGGGAGCAGGGCGCUAGCGAGGCCGACAUUGACAGCGACAGCGGGUACUGCAGUCCCAAGCAUGUCCAGGCAGCUGCUGCCUCCCACGGUGCCACAGCGGGGGUGGAGGCUGCAGUGAUGAUGGGUGUCAGCUGGCUGGGUGUGGCCUCCCAGAGGCCCUGGGGGGACAGGAAUGGUGUCUGUCACAGGGAAGGACGAGUGCCAUCUGAACAGAGAGCCUAUUCACAGUGCUCCUCCCCUGACUCCCCCACGUGCAGUGCUCCUCCCCUGACUCCCCCACGUGCAGUGCUCCUCCCCCGAAUUCCCCAUGUGGCACUCUCCUCCCCGGCUCCCCCCUAUGCGGCGUGUUCCUCCCCUGACUCCCCCUGCCCGGUGCACUCCUCCCCCGACUUCCCCCGACCGCUGACCGUCUUCCUGUCUGCGUGCCUCAGGUACUGCAACCAGGUGCUGAACAAGGAGAUCGAUGAGAGCGCCACCCUCCUCCUGCAGGAGCUGGUGCGCUUUCAGGAGCGUGUUUAUCAGCGGGACCCCAGCAAGGCCAAGUCCAAGCGCCGGCUGGUCAUGGGGCUCCGCGAGGUCACCAAACACAUGAAGCUCCUCAAGAUCAAGUGUGUCAUCAUCUCGCCCAACUGUGAGAAGAUCCAAGCUAAAGGAGGUCUGGAUGAAGCUUUGUACAACGUCAUCGCCAUGGCCAGGGAACAGGAGAUCCCGUUUGUGUUCGCACUGGGCCGCAAGGCGCUGGGCCGCUGCGUCAACAAGCUGGUCCCCGUCAGCGUGGUGGGCAUCUUCAACUUCUCCGGAGCCGAGGAGCUCUUCCACAAGCUGGUGUCUCUGACGGAGGAGGCCCGUCAAGCCUACCGGGACAUGGUGUCUGCGCUGGAGCAGGAGCAGGCCGAGGAGGCGCUGAGGAGCGUCAGGAAGCUCCCUCACCAUAUGGGGCACUCGCGCAAUCCCUCGGCUGCCAGUGCCAUCUCCUUCUGCAGCGUCAUCUCCGAGCCCAUAUCUGAGGUCAACGAGCAGGAGUACGAGACAAACUGGAGGAACAUGGUGGAGUCGUCAGACGUCCAGGAGCCUGCCGAGGGCGGUACUGACAGAGAGCCAGGCAGCAGGCCGGCCCAAACCGCUGUGCCGGGCCAGCCCAGGAGCGUGGGGCUCGCGGCCGAGAGGGAGGAGGGCCGCCUGGACGACUCACUGGAGUGCGCCUCCCAGCACUCGGCGCACUGCACAGAGACCGGCUCCCUCGACGGCAGUGGGAGGGACCCACACAGCUCCUCCAUCACAAGCACAGCCAGCACGCUAGUGCCUGGAAUGUUGGAGGAGGGUGAGGAGGAGGAAGAAGAGGAGGAGGAAGAGGAGGACUAUACCCACGGAGCCGUCUCCCUGGAGGUGCCACCCCUGAGCAGCCGGAUUGAGUCGUGGGUCUCAGAGACCCUGGAGAACCUGCAGUUACAAGAGAUCCAGAAUAGCAGUGAGGAUGAACAUGCAGCGGUGGGAGAAGGUGUUCCCAGUGAGGAAGAGCUGGAUGCGGUGGAACUUAGCGAACCCACGCUGGACUAUGAAGAGCAGCAGCUAGAUGCCAAGGGCGGCUCCCUUUGACAGACUGCACUCCACUUCCCUGUCCAACCCAAAACCAGCACCCGCCCACUCAUAGCAUGUGAGUUAUUGAGACAGCCCACCUGAUACAGGAAUGGGCUGCAUUACCUCAGGAAGUUCUCCUGGACCAUCUCCAUCAACACAGUGGACUAUGAUCUAAAAAUUGUUAGCAAUUUUGGAUCUAUAAUCCGUUCUGAAAACUUAUUAAAUUAUUGUAGAAAUAAGUUUGAGAAGUUCGAAAUUCUUUAAUGGUCUUAACUACUAUCUUUGCACCUACUAAAUUGGACCACAAGGGACACUAAACCAAGGCUGUGCUGUUUUCCAGUGGGAGUUGGACGGUUUUGAGCCCUGUCUCUUCCUUGAUUCUGCCUGAUUGAUUUACCGUUAUGUGUGUAUCAGUAGACUGACGGCACAUGGCACUGUGCUUAAAAUGAAGGAAAUGUAAAUCCAGACCUGCUUCAGUUUGGCCAAUUUGGAGCUCAUUUAUCACACUAACCCACAAUGAACCUGCACUCAUUUUUGCACAAGAUACAUAAAUGUCAAAUGCAGAUGAUUGAUGCUAACAGAUUGCUUGCACAUGUGACCCAUAUAACAGGUUUAGGUAAUCAAAUGUAAGAAAACAAAUAUUCCAUGUAAUUUUAUAGGAGUUAUGUGUCACAAUCACAGAAAUGAACUUUUAAGUACGAAACAUUUUCAUGUAUUACUAACUUAUAAUAAAACGAAACUAAUAGUUUUACAGAUUAUUUUGAAGAUUAUCAAGAGUAACAUGUACCAGUGCAAUUUUAAAUGUCUUGAGCAGACGAUACUAGAUUUAGUGGCACAAUUUUGCUGCAAUUGUUGUUUUUCAAUACUACUUUCAUAUCUCUUUUUCUCAAAAGGUAAGACUUUAGCCCACAAAAAAAUGGAAUCCAAGCUGGUCUUUGGCUUAGAAAAUCAUUCAGAUAGACAUUAGUGUGCUGUACAUUGAUUGAUCUUUUGCGUGUUUUUAUUCUGCAUUUUACAUAAUUAAUUCUGAGAUGCCAGGCACAGCACGCAGACUUGAAUAAUAUGUUAAAUGCAGUGCUCUGGUGACAGCCUUAGGAACCGUAACUUAAACAACCAGGACUUCUUAAGAAAAUUAAUUUGGCUUUUUUUUCCCAUUAAUUGCACGUAUUUUUUUUCUCUAUAUUUUCUUGUUUUGAAUGAAUAGACUUUUGAAUAUCCUUGAACUUUAGAAAGGUGUGUAUGUGCUGUGCAUUGUUCUGAGCCUCUGAGAAAUACCAGCAGUUUGUGUCACCAGAACUAAAUACUCUAACCCUUCUUAGCAUAUAAGGCAAGAUUUAUACACUCACACUUUUUCUUUUGCUCUUUUGAGACAAAUCAAGGGACCUGUAACAUUAAGGUCAAAAAGCUGACUGGGUUUUCUCCAAGGUGCACUUUAAAUGUAUAGAUUUUAAAGCCAGUCAGAAUUUUACACAUCUGAAUAACGUGUGAUAAUAAGCAGCUUUAUGACAGUGUGUUACUGUGGUGUAACUAAACUGAAUUGUCUCCCUUUUUAUACUAAUGGUACUGUACCUGUGUGUAAACAAUAUUCCUGGCGUUACUGUAUUUUAUUAAUGUUUACCCAGUAACAAUCGAGAAGGCACCAUUUGCACAAUGUAAAUACUACUACAUUCCUACUUGUACCUAAUGUGAAACCCGAGCUGUAUGAAGAACUUUUAAGCAUAUUGCUUUUCUUUAUAUUACAUUUAAGCGUGUCCCUUUAAACUGACUCACAGUAAUUACUUACAAAAAAAAAACAUUGAUUUUGAAAUAUAAAGCCAGUCAAGAGGCGUUCUACUGAGAAAAGGAACAAUUGUAAUGUUUAUAUUGAAUCUUUUUUAAAUUACACUUUAAUUGAACAUAGUUGUAAGAUUGUCUGUUUAUAUAUGAGGAAAUAUGUAGGAAAAAAUCUCUGCUUCUGCUUUUGGAUUUUAUAUUUCAAAAUAUUUUUGUAAGGACUGGAGCUUCCGGAGUGAUUUUCAUGCCAUAACUGUUUUUUUCUUUAGAAACUGGUUCAAGUAUUUUUGACAGAAUUGCUAUUUAAAAAUCCAUCCAUCCAUCCAUCCAUCCAUCCAUCCAUCCAUCCAUUCACUAACCCUGUUCUGAGUGGCAGGGGGGCUUGCAGCCACUAGCAGGCAGCAUAAGGCACAAGGCUGGACUACACCGUCGACGGCAUGCCACUCCAAUGCAGGGCACAUGUGCACACAGUCUUAUGCUGUGAGCAACUUAGUGAUGCCCUCUCCAGACAGACCAGACACACAGGAGGAAUUAAAAACCCCAGUUCCGUAUGUGUGAAAUUUAUGCUACCGUUUAGAGCCACUGUGCUGCCCUGAUAUUCAUUCUUAGUAAAAUCACUUUUUACUGAAUGAUUAUGUAUGUGAUUCCAUGUCAUUUUUGCAAUAACUUUUUUAAGUACAAUAGAAUUGACAAUUGACUUACAAAAGGCUUUUCCUGGGGGUUUAUUGGCUUGUUUGGAUUUCUUUAUUUAAACUGCUCUGUUAUAAAGGGAGGUUAUUGUAUAUCAUGCAUUUUUUCUGAAAUUAAAAGUCUUUGUCUUGCC